UCCGCUCCCACACCCGCGCCCACUGUGUGCGUGUGUAUAUAAGGCGGGCAGGCGGCUAUCCCCUUCACCAAAUCAUCACAGGCUAGAGACUUGCAUCUGCAGAAGAUCGAUCAAUAGCUACCCAAACCAAUAGCUAGCUAGGCAUCUUACAACCCAGCAGCAAGCAAUGAAGCAAAAGAUUGUCAUCCAGUUGAGCAUGUCGUGCGACAAGAGCCGGUCCAAAGCACUGACGCUGGCCGCCAGAGCAGCUGGGGUGACAUCCAUGGGGAUAACCGGCGACGGGAGGGACCAGCUGGAGGUGGUCGGCGACGGCGUCGACCCGGUGUGCCUCGUCAGCUGCCUCCGCAAGAAGCUCGGCCACGCUCAAAUCAUCAAGGUGGAGGAAGUGAAGAAGCCGGAGGAGAAGAAGAAGGAGGACCCGAAGCCGCCGGCGCCCAUGCCCGUGCCCGUGCACCCGCCGCCGUACUUCUACCCGCCAAGCUCCUACUACCCCCAGCAGUACCCGCCGCACUUCUGCGACGAACAGCCCGGCAACUGCCGGACCAUGUAACUUUAAUUUUGUCAGCGACUACAAAUAGCUACAUACGCGUGUUUAUUAAUUCAUUGAAGGAAAUGAAAAAGAUGAGGGAAACUCUA